AUGAUUCAGGUUCUUUCCGCUUUACGUCAAUACGAACUGCUUUCGAAUAUCUAUGAACGCGCGAUGAAAUUCGCAAAUGAUGAUCGUUAUAUUUGGUUUCAAUUUGCUCUAACGUUGAUAUGCCACGGUCGAUGGGUGCGUGCAUCGCGUAUUCUGUCGCAGUGUCUCGCAAUUGAUCGACACGACGAAAACACAAUAAUUGAGCAUCUGAUCGCUGCCCAGAUUGAGAUUGAACAAUUGGGACAAUACGAUGAAGGUUUGGUGGAAUCUGAUUUGGUUUGA